AUGGCGAUAUAUGAAUAUAAUGGAAUUAUUGAGUUACAAGAGAUGACAGAGACAAUGUCAGAGAAUCCUGGAAAGGAGGAACUGGUGCAAAUGCAAAUAGAAGUGGAAGAAGAGGAAGAAGAAGAUGAUACUGAAGAGAGCUCAAGUGAAGAAGAGAAGGAAGAAAAGUUGCCACGAAGAAAGAGCAUGAGACCACAGAGGAAAAGGAACAGGGAUGUUAUCAAUGAGGAUGACCCACCGCCUGAAUCAGAGGAUAAAGAAACCAGAAAAGCAAGGGAAAAAGAGAGGAGGAGGAAGAUGAAGAGAGGAGCAGAUGAAGAUGAUGAAAUUGAUGAAGAGGAAUUGGAGAGAAUGAAGGCAGAGUUAGAUGAAAAAAGGCAAGUCAUUGCUACAGUCAAGUGUCAACCAUGGAAGAUGGAAAAGAAGAUCCAAGUCCUAAAGGAAGCCAAAGAAUUUGUAAGUGCAAAUGAAGGGGCACUUGGGAAAGGAAAAGGAAAACGAUGGUUUGCAUUUAAGAUGAUGAUGAAAAAAAAAUGGGCAAAAUUUCUUCGUGAUUUUGAAAUCUUCAAGCAGGCAUGUAUACCAUGGGAAAAUAAAAUCAAAGCUGUUGAAAGCCAGUUUGGAUCAUCAGUUGCCUCUUAUUUUCAUUUCUUGCGGUGGAUGUAUGGAGUGAAUAUGGUUCUCUUUGUACUGACAUUUAGCCUUAUCAUGCUACCCGAGGCAUUAUGGGGUUUGCCAUAUGGAAGUUUACCUAGAAAAACAGUCCCAAGAGCUGAAGAAGCAACUGCCCAGAACUUUGGUGUGCUAUAUGACUUCAAUGGUAUGGCACAAUAUUCUGUCCUCUUUUAUGGCUAUUACGACAAUAAACGGACAAUUGGAGCCAUGAAUUUCAGGAUGCCUCUCUCCUACUUUCUGGUGGGAAUCAUGUGCAUUGGAUACAGCUUCUUGAUUGUCAUCAGAACGAUGGCAAAGAACCUUGGUGAGGAUGGAGGUGGGGAUGACAACACUUUCAAUUUCAGCUGGAAAAUGUUCACAAGCUGGGACUUCCUGAUUGGUAACCCUGAAACAGCAGACAACAAAUUUAACUCCAUCAUAAUGAACUUUAAGGAAGCUAUUGAUGAAGAAUUUGCAGCCCAAAGGGAAGAAAACGUCCACUUGAUCCGAUUCCUGAGGUUUCUUGCUAACUUCUUCUGUUUCCUCACACUUGGUGCAAGUGGAUAUCUCAUUUUUUGGGCUGUGAAGCGAUCCCAGGAAUUUGCGCAGCAAGACCCAGACACCCUUGGGUGGUGGGAAAAAAAUGAAAUGAACAUGAUCAUGUCUCUCUUGGGGAUGUUCUGUCCAACCUUAUUUGACUUAUUUGCUGAGCUGGAAAACUAUCAUCCCCUUAUAGCUCUGAAAUGGCUGCUGGGUCGCAUCUUUGCUCUUCUUCUGGGCAACUUGUAUGUAUUUAUUCUUGCCUUGUUGGAUGAGAUCAAUAACAAGCUGGAAGAAGAGAAGUUAGUCAUGGCAAACAUCACCAUAUGGGAAGCGAACAUGAUCAAAGCCUUCAAUUCAUCUCAGAGUGAAAAUAGCACUGGUCCUCCUUACUUUGUGGAACCUGCUGAUGUACCCAGGGGGCCCUGCUGGGAGACAAUGGUAGGACAGGAAUUUGUGCGACUGACUGUGUCUGAUGUCCUGACAACCUAUGUCACAAUUCUCAUUGGUGAUUUUGUAAGAGCCUGCUUUGUCAGGUUUUGUAAUUACUGCUGGUGCUGGGACCUGGAAUAUGGCUAUCCUUCUUACACCGAAUUUGAUAUCAGCGGCAAUGUCCUAGCACUGAUCUUCAAUCAAGGCAUGAUCUGGAUGGGAUCAUUUUAUGCUCCUUGCCUUCCAGCUAUAAACAUACUCCGUCUGCAUACAUCCAUGUACUUUCAGUGCUGGGCUGUGAUGUGUUGCAAUGUUCCUGAAGCCAGGGUCUUCAAAGCCUCCAAGUCUAAUAAUUUUUAUUUAGCUAUGCUUCUGCUCAUCCUCUUCUUGUCUACAAUGCCAGUGCUGUAUAUGAUUGUCUCCUUCCCACCAUCUUUUGACUGUGGCCCAUUCAGUGGCAAAAACAGAAUGUUUGAAGUCAUUGGUGAAACUCUGGAGCACGAUUUCCCUAGCUGGUUGGCAAAAAUCUUACGGCAGCUCUCUAACCCUGGGCUCGUCAUUGCUAUCAUCCUGAUCAUGGUCUUGACUAUUUAUUAUCUCAAUGCUGCUAGCAAGGUACAGAAACUUGGAAACUUAGAGUUAAAGAAGAAGAUGAAAAUGCAAGCCGAGGAGAACAAAAUAAGAAACAAAAAAAUGGCAGCUGCCAGAGCAGCAGCUGCAGCAGGUGGCCAGUAA